CAAUUCCAGUCCUGUGCAAGAACUGACAAACACAUGUUCAGUUGUCCACACCAGGUGACAAAUCCACUAGUAGAUAAAUAUACAUCUUAUCAAGGGGCAAAUUCAAGUACUAUAGAUGAAAUGAUGUACAAGUUGCCUACCUACCAAGUAAUGGCAUUACCCAAUUUUACUUGGGGUUCUAUAGAUGGAGGUCAUUUUCUUGCGCUUAUUGAUCAAGCUUAUCAAGAAGUUGUUCAUUGGAGAAAGAACAUGUUUCAGGUGCCUUGGGGUACAUCUGGGAAACAAUUCAUGUCUGAACUGGCCAGACUAUUUCAAGCUCAUGCUGAAGCUACUGCUUUGGAAUCUGUUGCAAUCACAGCUGCAAUGGUAAUGCCACAUCUUUUGCUGCAAAGGCCUAACAUGAAAUCGAAGCCCCGAGAUCAUGCAUCUUGUCCCACACGACGAAUGCCAUCCUGGCUGGAAGGUGAUAUCCAAGGUCUACUUAGAGAAGCAAGAACAAUUCAAUUACAUCUGGGUAAUCGAGCUCAGUCCUGUCGUUCAAACAUGAAAACGGAUUCAUCUCGAAAAUUUGCAAAUUACAUGAAAAAAGGUGAUGACAGGGCUGCAGGGAGAUUUCUCUCAGACGAGGCUGAUUGUGGUGUUCUAUCUUUGGAUGAAUGCAUUGAUGAUGGUUUACACCAGCUAGUAAGAGAAAUAUUGAAGAAAAAACAUCCUGAUCCCGCACCUUUGGUACCAGAUGCAGUGUUGGAUCCUGGUCUCUAA